AUGAAGAAACAAAUGGGAUGGAUUAUUGGCAAUGGAGAGUCAAUCAAUAUAUGGCCAGACCCAUGGCUAUCAUAUACGGAGCAAACAAGACCUAUGGGACCGCAACCUGAGGCAGCUCAAAACAUAACAGUGGCAGACUUGUUGCGACAAGAUACAAAGGAAUGGGACAUUGAGAAAGUAGAGCAAUACCUUCCUUUUCAUAAGGUUCAGAUCCUUAGCUUGAAACCGAGCAUAUUGGGAGCUCCUGACAAGUUCAAGUGGCUCAAGCAUCCAUCAGGAGAUCGGUGA